CCUGUUUUGUCGUUUCCAUCUGGAGGAAUGUGAUGGGAUGGAAACAAUAAAACACUCUCCAUCGGAUGGAAUGUGAUUUAAACGCAUGGAGAACGAGAAGGAGCGUCAACAGACAGCGGGGUGAUCAGGAGGAAUGGGACGGGAUGUAAACACUUGUAGAACUAAACAGAAUGAUAGGCUGGGCACUGGUCGCGCUUUUGUCCGCCUCCCUGGCUCUGCUGUUCAUACCCCGGGACUGGUCCAGGAUAUUUGGGAAUGAAUCGACCCCCGGGACCCCCGUGCGGCUCUUGAGCAAGCGGGAAUUAUCACUGUACGACGGGCAGGAUGGCAGCAGAGGUCUCUACCUGGCACUGCUGGGCCAGGUUUUUGAUGUAAACAAAGGACACAAGCACUACGGACCUGGUGGCGCUUAUCACUUUAUGGCAGGUAGGGAUGCCUCCUGCUCUUUCAUCACUGGAGACUUCUCAGAGGGUGGAUUGACAGACGAUGUCUCCGGCCUUUCCCCAGUGCAGGUGGUCGCUCUGUAUGACUGGCUGGCCUUCUAUCAGAGGGAGUACCAAACUGUGGGUGUGGUGAUAGGUCGCUUCUACAGCACAAGUGGGCAGCCCACAGAGGCCCUGCUGCGAGUGGAAGCAUCCCGAGCAGAGGGCCAGCGGAUCAAGGCCCGGGCUGAGGCUGAAAAGAUGCGUUACCCAGCCUGCAACUCAGAAUGGAGUUCUGCCAAAGGAGGGCGAGUGUGGUGCUCCACUAAAAGUGGCGGAGUGGUAAGAGACUGGACGGGUGUUCCACGGAAACGCUUCUCUGCACGCUCACACGGUGUUCGCUGUGUCUGUGUUGAAGACCCGUAUGCAGCAGAGGAAGAUCCCAACCUGCAGAGAUACGAUGGCUGCUCUCCACAUGCUGACUCAUGCUUUGUGGCAGACUAGUAGUCAUUAGGCCAGAUCAGAAAUCACUGAUUAAACAGUCUUCAAGGAACACUAAACUCAGGAAAACAAACCUUUUUUAAAAAAAAAAAAAAAAUAUAUAUAUAUAUAUAUAUAAUAACAAAGCAGAAAAGAGACAACUCAGCACAUUGAAUUUUGAUGACCUUUAUGUAAAGUUGUCCUCCCUUUCUCUAAAAGAAUACACCAGGAAGAGACAGGCUAGAUAUCUGAGCAUACAGAUACAAUACAAUGUGCAUAAAAGAUUAAACAAUGUGCAUAAAAGAUUAACAGAGGCAAGAUUUAGGUUUGUCACAAUGACAAGCACAAACUGCAUUAAAGUACAAAACAGUUGUAGUGGUCAAAAAUAUCACACAUUUAUCUGUACAAUUUAACAAUACUUUAAGAGGCCUCACAAUCCGGCCAUCCCUCCACUUACUCCACAUUCCUCCCGAUGAUCAGAAAUGUCAUGUGAUCUUGAUAAAGUGCACCUGUUCGGCUUUAGAAAUCAAGAAACGUCAGACGUGAUGGGUCAAGACAACUUGACAUGAGGCAACAGCGUGGAGGACUUUGAUCUGAGGCGACCUCUUUAUGAGUCAGAAAUGGAAUGUAAUCGUUCGGUGGCUGAUUCUAAACGUUGAUUCUACAAUGAUAAUCAUGAUGUAUAAAGGCUACAAAUUAAAUCACAUGCAUAGGCAAAAUAGGCAUUUUAAAAUCUGUUUUUGUUUUCGGGACUACAUUUAUGUUCCUUCUUCUCUGAAGUCAUCAAACUUGCCACAGUCAGAACCAAGCACUGCAUUUCAUUUGGCCUAUUCCAUUCGAUUGAACAGUUGCAUGGAUGAGAGCGUCAUUUCUCACCUGUCAUUAUUUCACAUGAUUUUGAAGUUACAGUUGUGAUUCUCACUGAAAAUCCUUUUUUUUCUUCCAGUGAAGCUUUUGGAAAAAAAUAAUAGUUUUCCCUUUUAAUCCUUUUUACUUGCACACUGUUAUCCAGGGAAUAUUGAAUAAGGGUAACCAGACAGCAAAUCAUAAAUGAUUACAGAACAUGUAGAUUAUUCAGUCCUUGUAGAUCUCAUGAUCUAGUGUUAUUUCCAAGUCUUUCUACUCUUUGUUGACAGCAGCCUCAACUUCUUCCUUUUUUUUUUUUUUUAAUGAGCCAAACGAAAGAUUUUGUAGCGCUUUCUUUGGGUGUGUUAGUGUGAAUCCCGCUGAUGUGGAUAUAUCCCAACAGAGAAAAGGAAAACCCCUUCCAAAAGGAGAUCGUCUCACAGGAUUGAAAUGUCGGCGUUCGAGAGCUACCUGAUUGUGACGAUUGGAGUCAAUCGUCACAAACAUCACUGAGCAUGAAAACUGAUGGAAGUCCAGCCGUCACUGAGCUGGAGAGCCAUUUAGAUCCACUUCAAGAUACUUUGAUUUAAACAGAAACAAA